AUGAAUGACAUAUUAGACUCUAUCUCUGAAGUAGUAACGGCAGCAGCUUGUUCCAGUGUUUCAUGUUGUCUAUCAUCACUAAGAUAUAACAAGGCAAGCAAAUUAAGCGUUACUCAAGGAGAGGAAAAAGAAGAAACGAAGCAAAAAAAAAACUGCAAACCGGGUCGACGAGAAAAGAACGAGAGGAAAAAAAGGGUUAAAGUAAAAAAACAACAAAAGCAAAAUAACCUACACACUCUUUCAAAAUGGGAAGAAAAAAGAUUCAAAUAUCGAAAAUCACCGACGAACGCAACCAAAGCCUACGAAUUAAGUGUCCUAUGUGAUUGUGAAAUCGCGCUCAUCAUAUUCAAUUCGUCCAAUAAACUAUUUCAGUACGCAUCAACCGAUAUGGACAAAAUCUUGCUCAAAUAUACCGAAUACAAUGAACCACAUGAAAGUCGAACAAAUAAUGAAAUCGUGCAGAUUCUUAACAAGAAAGAAUCGAAACAUCUCGAUCAAAACGAUAGUGAUAACGACAUGGAAGAUGAAAGUGCUAAUGAAAUGGACAGUAAUCAUCCGAUUCCAUCUCAUCACCACCACGAACCUAACAUCAACGAUUCAAGAAAACGUUCGAACCAAUCUCAUCAAACUAGCAAUUACCCUCCGUCUCUACCGAUGGUAAACGGUGCAGGACAACCGUCUGGUCAGCCAAACUUUUUAGCUGUCCAUGGAACCACUGGUGUCGAUGCGUCAUCAUCACCCUCGCCUCAAUCAACGUAUUCACCGCAAAGUUCGCCAAGUGAAUCACGUACCAGUCCAUCGACAAAACAGCAAUCGACGUCAAAUUUAAAUAGCAAAUUUUCCAUGAACACAAACAGUGCACCGCCAAUGUCCUUAGGUCCAUCUCACCAUAACGAUUUGUCCAGCGGAGGAGCAGCAAGUCGACUUAAUGCAGAUUUUGCAUUGAAUCCGACUGGCGGUGGUAACACAGGCGUUGAAAGUAACAAUUUUCUUCCAUGGCAUACAUCGUCUCAUUCAUCCUUAGCUGCUGCACUUCACAUGAACACAUUACCAUUAAGCAUGAUGAAUUAUGAUAUGCAACAAGCACUAUGUGGUCCACCGCCAUCGUCAAGUAGUACAAAUAAUACAAAUCGCGGUAGUCCACAUUUGUAUUACUCACAACCACACCAUCUUCAUCAUCAGCAACAGCAGCAGCAGCAGCAACAUCGUCUGAAGAACGAACCGUUUUCUCCUCCGAUUUCCAUGAAUUCGAAUUCCAGUUCAACUCAUUCGAUGUCAAAAACGUCAAUUCCUCCACAGCAACGAUCGGUUGAUUACCUUAAUUCAUCACCUAAUCCCGAACCAUCGUUGAAACAUCCUCGAUUCGAUCCACAAGUCUGGCCCAAUCCAAGUUGA